AUGGCUGACGCGGAUUACAAUGACGACAUUGCUGCGGAAGACUGCUGGCAAGUCAUCUCCGCCUUCUUCGACCAGAAGGGGCUCGUCUCGCAGCAGCUCGACUCGUUCGACGAGUUCGUCGGCACCACCAUGGUCGAGAUGAUCGAAGAGGACAGCGUUCUGACGCUCGACCAAAACACGCCCCAGAGCGACGACGGCAUCGUGCUCCGCCGCUACGAGAUCAACUUUGGGCCGUGCUUCCUGUCACGGCCGACCAUGACCGAGGGUGACGGCAGCACGCAGCCCAUGUUGCCGCAGGAGGCGCGCCUGCGUAAUCUGACGUAUAGCGCGCCCAUGUAUUGCGAGCUCAAGAAGAAGGUUAUGGUGGCGCGGGAGGUGGAGGUCGGGAGUGAUGAGGAGGAGGAGGAGGAGGGCGGCACGGCGGUGAAGGAGCGGGUCAGGUAUGAGUGGGAGGUUGAGGAUGAGGAUAUGGAGGCGACAAAAGUUUUUAUUGGCAAGAUGCCAGUGAUGCUGAAAAGUCAUUACUGCAUCUUGAAGGACUUUGCAGAGGAGGACCUGUAUUCGUUAAACGAGUGCCCCUACGAUCAGGGUGGAUACUUCGUCAUUAACGGAUCAGAAAAGGUGUUGAUUGCGCAAGAGCGGUCAGCGGCGAAUAUCGUCCAGGUUUUCAAGAAGGCGCUGCCAUCACCAACGCCUAUGCAGAUCAAGCUAUACUCAAAGGGAGAAGCCCGAGGUGGCUAUAAUGCAACCAUUAAGAGUACACUCCCGUACAUCAAGAGUGACAUCCCCAUUGUCAUUGUGUUCAGAGCCCUCGGGGUGGUGUCCGACGAGGAUAUCCUUAACCAUGUCUGCUACGACAGAAAUGACACGCAAAUGCUCGAGAUGAUGAAGCCAUGUAUCGAGGAGGCUUUCGUCAUCCAGGACCGAGAAGUCGCGCUUGACUUUAUCGGAAAGCGUGGUAGCUCCCAGGGUAUUAACAAGGAGAAGCGUAUCCGUUACGCCAGAGAUAUUAUGCAGAAGGAGCUUCUCCCUCAUAUCUCACAGAGCGAGGGAAGUGAAACAAGGAAGGCGUUCUUCUUGGGAUACAUGGUGCACAGGAUGUUGCAGUGUGCCUUGGAGCGAAGAGAGGUGGAUGACAGAGAUCAUUUCGGGAAGAAGAGACUUGAUCUUGCGGGGCCGCUACUUGCCGGUCUGUUUAGGACUCUGUGGAAGAAGCUUACGAAGGAUGUCUACAAGUACUUGGAGAAGUGUGUCGAGACAGGCAAAGAUUUCAAUCUCACGCUAGCAGUCAAGAGCAACACUAUUACCAACGGACUCAAGUAUUCACUCGCCACCGGUAACUGGGGUGAGCAGAAGAAGGCCGCCAGUUCCAAGGCCGGUGUGUCGCAGGUGCUUAACAGAUACACUUUUGCGUCCACAUUGUCCCAUUUGCGGCGAACCAACACGCCUAUCGGACGUGAUGGUAAGAUCGCAAAGCCCCGCCAGCUUCACAACACCCAUUGGGGACUUGUGUGCCCUGCCGAAACGCCCGAGGGGCAGGCAUGUGGUCUCGUCAAGAACUUGUCACUCAUGUCAUAUAUCACUAUUGGAACACCCGGAUACCCGCUCGUGGACUUUUUGUCAUCAAACGAUAUGGAAUUGCUUGAGGAGUAUGAGCCACAGAGAUCCCCCAAUGCGACAAAGGUAUUCGUCAACGGUGUCUGGGUCGGAACGCAUCGUGACCCACUCAUGCUGCAUAAGGUUGUCCAGGACGUUAGAAGACAGGGUGUUGUCAAUCAUGAAGUCUCCAUUAUCAGGGAUAUUCGUGAUAGGGAGUUCAAGAUUUUCACGGAUGCGGGACGUGUGUGUAGGCCGUUGUUCGUCAUUGAUAACGACCCGCGAAGUGAGAGAAGAGGACAGCUGGUACUUCAGAAGGAGCAUAUCGAGAAGUUGGAAGACGAUCAUGCGCUACCGAUGGAGGACCGAUUCGGAUGGGAGGGUCUGCUGUUCGGUGGUACCGUCGAGUACCUGGAUGCCGAGGAAGAAGAGACAGUCAUGAUCGUCAUGACUCCUGAGGAUCUAGACAUGAGUAGGCAGAUGCAGCUUGGUUACGAGGAGCCCAAAGACGAGUUCAGCGCAAAGCGUGUCAAGGCGCCGAUCAACCCCCACACAGCGCAUACAUGGACACAUUGUGAGAUUCAUCCCAGUAUGAUCUUGGGUAUCUGUGCCAGUAUCAUUCCCUUCCCCGAUCACAACCAGUCUCCACGUAACACAUAUCAGUCUGCUAUGGGUAAGCAAGCUAUGGGUGUGUUCCUUACCAACUUUGCAGAGCGUAUGGAUACCAUGGCGAACAUUCUGUACUACCCGCAGAAGCCGCUUGCUACUACACGUUCUAUGGAGUACCUGAAGUUCCGAGAGCUGCCGGCUGGGCAGAAUGCUAUUGUCGCUAUCUUGUGUUACUCUGGAUACAACCAGGAAGAUUCCGUCAUUAUGAACCAGUCGUCGAUUGAUCGUGGGCUCUUCCGUUCGUUGUUCUACCGUUCGUACAUGGAUCAGGAGAAGCGUAUUGGUAUGCAGGUUGUGGAAGAGUUCGAGAAGCCGACCCGCGCCAACACAUUAAAGCUUAAGCACGGAACAUAUGACAAGCUUGACGAGGACGGUCUUGUGGCUCCGGGAGUACGUGUGUCCGGAGAGGAUAUCAUUAUUGGAAAGACAGCACCUAUUGCGCCAGACGUCGACGAGAUGGGCCAGCGACAAAAGUUCCACACAAAGCGUGACGUCUCCACGCCCCUCCGUAGUACCGAAAACGGUAUCGUUGACCAGGUCAUGCUUACCACCAACGCCGAGGGUCUCAAGUUCGUCAAGGUCCGCAUGCGAACCACCAAGAUCCCCCAGAUCGGAGACAAGUUUGCCUCUCGUCACGGGCAGAAGGGUACCGUCGGUAUCACCUACAGACAAGAGGACAUGCCUUUCACCUGCGAGGGUAUCGUGCCAGAUCUUAUCAUCAAUCCCCACGCCAUUCCGUCCCGUAUGACAAUUGCCCAUCUGAUCGAGUGCCAGCUGUCGAAGGUCUCUUCUCUCCGUGGUUUUGAGGGCGACGCUACACCGUUCACCGACGUCACUGUCGAGUCUGUCUCCACACUUCUGCGCCAGAACGGCUACCAGAGCCGUGGUUUCGAGGUCAUGUACAACGGCUACACGGGCCGAAAGUUGGUGUGCCAGGUGUUCUUGGGACCGACCUACUACCAGCGGUUGAGACACAUGGUCGACGAUAAGAUUCACGCCAGAGCCAGAGGACCGGUGCAGAUCCUGACGAGGCAGCCUGUGGAGGGUAGGGCCAGAGAUGGUGGUCUCCGUUUCGGAGAGAUGGAGAGAGAUUGUAUGAUUGCGCACGGUGCGAGUGCGUUUUUGAAGGAGAGACUGUUCGAGGUUAGCGAUGCGUUUAGAGUCCAUAUCUGUGAUCUGUGUGGAUUGAUGACGCCGAUUGCAAACCUCAAGAAGAAUCUCUUCGAAUGCAGACCCUGCAAGAACAAGACAAAGAUCUCCCAAAUCCACCUCCCCUACGCCGCCAAGCUUCUCUUCCAGGAACUAGCGAGUAUGAACAUUGCCGCAAGAAUGUUCAGUCAGAGAAGUGGGGUCAGUGUGAGAAAUUAA